AUGCAGAAUGUGGGGGCAGAUGUGGGGGCAGAUGAGGGGGCAGAUGUGGGGGCAGAUGAGGGGGCAGAUGUGGAGGCAGAUGUGGGGGCAGAUGUGGAGGCAGAUGUGGGGGCAGAUGUGGAGGCAGAUGUGGGGGCAGAUGUGGAGGCAGAUGUGGGGGCAGAUGUGGAGGCAGAUGUGGGGGCAGAUGUGGAGGCAGAUGUGGAGGCAGAUGUGGGGGCAGAUGCAGAUGUGGGGGCAGAUGUGGAGGCAGAUGUGGGGCAGAUGUGGAGGCAGAUGCAGAUGUGGGGGCAGAUGUGGGGGUAG